GUAACUCCAAAAGAACAACCUUGAACUGAGGAACAUAGCAGUGAAGGAAAUCUGUGUAUAAAAAGAUAAGGGAUCUUGUCUUUCGCACUGCAUUUGAAGUGAAUAAACAAACACAAUGGAUAGAAGAAGGUUUACCUAUAAAGUGCUGGUGGCUUUGUUGCCCUUUUUGCUCUGCUCCUUGAAUUGUGUCAAUGCUUCAUCAUCAUCAGACCCAGCACAACUCCAUGACCAUGUGGAGCAACACAAGAGGAAUCUUCUUGCUAAUGGCCUUGCUAGAACUCCUCCAAUGGGGUGGAACAGUUGGAAUCAUUUUAGCUGUCAAAUUAACGAAAAAAUCAUCAGGGAAACUGCUGAUGCCCUUGUUUCUACUGGUCUUUCUAAGCUUGGAUACACAUAUGUCAAUAUAGAUGAUUGUUGGGCUGAAUUAAACCGGGAUGCUCAUGGUAAUCUGGUAGCAAAAAAAUCAACAUUUCCUUCUGGAAUCAAAGCUCUUGCAGAUUAUGUUCACAGCAAAGGUCUUAAACUUGGAAUUUAUUCAGAUGCUGGGUAUUUUACUUGUAGCAAACAGAUGCCUGGUUCUCUUGGUCAUGAGUUUCAAGAUGCCAAGACUUUUGCGUCAUGGGGUAUUGAUUAUUUGAAGUAUGAUAACUGUAACAAUGAUGAAUCAAAACCAACUGAUAGAUACCCUGUUAUGACUCGGGCUUUAUCAAUGGCUGGUCGUCCAAUCUUCUUCUCACUAUGUGAAUGGGGAGACUUGCACCCUGCUUUAUGGGGUGCUAAAGUGGGAAACAGCUGGAGAACUACCAAUGACAUUAAUGAUUCAUGGGAAAGCAUGAUUUCAAAGGCAGACAUGAAUGAAGUUUAUGCUGAAUAUGCAAGACCUGGUGGUUGGAAUGAUCCUGACAUGCUUGAGGUGGGAAAUGGAGGGAUGACAAAAAAUGAAUAUAUUGUUCACUUCAGUUUAUGGGCCCUUUCCAAGGCUCCUCUUCUUCUUGGCUGUGAUGUUAGAAAUAUGACCAAAGACACUGUUGACAUUGUAACAAAUAAGGAAGUUAUUGCAGUUAACCAAGAUUCACUUGGUGUGCAAGGUAAGAAGGUUAGGAUGGAAGGUGAUAUUGAGAUUUGGGCAGGUCCUCUUUCAAGGUACAGGGUGGCUGUUGUCUUGCUAAAUCGUGGCCCUUGGAAUAUUUCCAUUACAGCAUAUUGGGAUGAUAUUGGUAUUCCAUCAAAAAGUGCUGUUGAAGCAAGAGACCUUUGGGAGCACAAGACACUGGUGGGACGCUUUAAGGAAAAAUUGACUGCCCAAGUUGAGCCACAGGCGUGUAAAAUGUACGUGCUGAAUCCAGUUGCUUGAGUUCUGAAACAGAUUUUGGUAUUGCAGCUUGUGGUGUCUGUCAAUAUUGUUUUUCUUACUGAGUUUCACUUCAAUAAACAUUUUCUUGUGCUUCUGUUCAUAGAAGCUUGCUACGUUGCUUAGUGUACAAAGCUGCUCAAUGGAAGCAGUCACUCAGAUGAUAAUAAAACUAUUGACAUGCAGAAUCA